GAUCUAUGAUUGAGCUUUACAAAAUCAUUCCUGUUCUGGUUGAGCAGUAUGCUUAUAUAUGCAAUUUAUAUCUUCAAAGCAUCAGUUCAUAAGUUGAUUUUCAAAAAGUUAGGAUUUUAUGUUCUAUUUCCAGCAGGUUGACCUAUUGAUUGGAGAACCAUACUAUUAUGGAAAUGAGGGAAUGCUUCCAUGGCAGAACCUGUGUUUUUGGAAGGACCGAACAAUGCUUGAUCCCAUCCUCUCAAAGGAUGUGUUGAUAAUGCCUUGUAAAGGAAUGUUGAAGGCAUGUGCUAUGUCUCUUGCCAGAUCUUUGGAGCAGUCGCUGUUGCUUAAAUGAGAUUGAAGACUUUGAUCACUCAAUAGUAAAUACUACUUUAGGUGCAUGUGGUGAAUUACCGGCUCCAAAAGAGGGACCUUGUCUGCCCUUUCCUAUCUGGCAGUGUGGUGAGAUUAAGGAGCUCAGUGAGAUAUUUACUUUAUUGGAGUUUGAUUGCUCAAAACCAAUUAGUCCAUGUUAUGGACAAGUGCAGGUAUCAGUCUACCUUAUGUGCAAAAGUAACAUAGAUUACUAGAAAUUCUCACCUAAAUUUCAUCAUCUUCUUAUAUGGGUCGCAUAAUUCUACAAUAUACCGAUCUAGUUUCAUUAACUUUGUUUAAUUCCCAUCGUUUUGCUUAAACAGGAGAAUUCACCAGCUAGUUUACAGCAUGAUGAAACUUCUCUUGUCCAUUCAUUCUGCUGGAUCCAUAUACUUGACAUCAAAGCUAGGACUUGUUAGCCCAUUAUGCAUCUUGCAAAUUAAUUAAACAUAUAAGAUCAGUAGCGAGUAAUAUAAACCAUGAUGGAAGCCAUCUUUUUAUGCUUAAAUUAACAUAUCUUGCACAUUUAAUCUUGGAAAAAGUAAUUCCUGCAGGUGAAAUUCACUGAGCCUGGGAUAUGCCACGGGUUCGUCCUAUGGAUUGACUGGGUGAUGGAUGCAGACAAUGCAAUUGUGUUGUCAACUGGGCCGGAUCACAGAUAUUGGAAGCAGGGGGUUAAGCUUCUGGCUAAGCCUGUAGCAGUUGGAAUACAAAGAUCCGAAUGCACAUCUGAAUCAGUUUCUGCAGUAGUUGAAGCAACAUUUAGUCCUGCCAGCGGUGAGCUCACAAUCAAACACGUUUUCUCAUGAUUUCUAUGUGUUUUAGGAGAGCCCUUGAGUUUUGAUCAUUUUUUCUGGCCGUCCUUGAGUUGGACUUAAUCUCUAAAUUAUCUUAUAUUUAUCCGAGUGAAAUUUCCAAUUACAGCUGCUAACUUGUGA